AUGUGUGAAUUUCAAAAUACUGUUCCAUCUGAUGAGCCAGGUUCCUUGGAAAUUCAUGUCAAUGGAGAAAAGGAAAAUGAGGAGCACGCAGACCAACGAAAGAAGAAAGCGAAAACAAUUAUCAUUUCUAAUUGGACAACAGAUGACGUGACUUACUCUAAAACCUAUGCUGAUAUAGUAGAAAUUGAACAGCGAAAAUCCAGUUUGGUGGCAGCACUAAAAGGAAAAUCUGCUGUUGAGUGCUUUGAAGACUUUUUUGAUGAACAGGUAUUGAGCUUGAUUGUCAGUGAAAGUGUCCGAUAUGCUACGCAGAACAAUUAUCACAGCUAUGAGUUAUCCAGUGGGUGCAUAAAAAGUUUCAUAGAUAUACUACUCUUCACUGGAUACUAUGCUCUUCCACGCGAAAAGCUAUGCUGGAAUGAAGAUGAGGACUUCGACACAAGACGUGUACGACAGUGUACGAGUCGCAAGAGAUAUCUGGAAAUAAAGCGCCACCACCAUUUCAAUGAUAACACACGUCUGAACAGAAUCCCACCUGACGAAAGGGAUAAACUUUUUUAA